AUGGGAAAAACGCAAAUAUCGCAAAAACGCAACUAUGGCAAAAACGCAAAUAUGCCAACAACGCAAAUAUGGCAAAAACGCAAAUAUGGCGAAAACGCAAAUAUGGCAAAAACGCACAUAUGGCAAAAACGUAAAUAUGGCGAGAACCCAAAUAUGGCAAAAACGCAAAUAUGGGAAAAACGCAAAUAUGCGAAAAACUCUGAAUCGUCGAAGGUUAACGAAAUAUAUGAGAAACGCAAAUAUGGGAAAAACGCAAAUAUGGGAAAAACGCAAAUAGGGGAAAAACGCAAAUAUGGAAAAAACGCAAAUACGGGAAAAACGCAAAUAUGGGAAAAACGCAAAUAUGGGAAAAACGUAAAUAACGGAAAAGCGCAAAUAUGGGAAAAACGCAAGGACUGGAAAAACGCAAAUAUUGGAAAAACGCAAAUAUGGGAAAAACGCAAAUAUGGGAAAAACGCAAAUAUGGCGAAAACGCAAAUAUGGCAAAAACGCACAUAUGGCAAAAACGUAAAUAUGGCGAGAACCCAAAUAUGGCAAAAACGCAAAUAUGGGAAAAACGCAAAUAUGCGAAAAACGUACAUAUGGGAAAAACGCAAAUAUGGGAAUAACUCUGAAUCGUCGAAGGUUAACGAAAUAUAUGAGAAACGCAAAUAUGGGAAAAACGCAAAUAUGGGAAAAACGCAAAUAGGGGAAAAACGCAAAUAUGGAAAAAACGCAAAUACGGGAAAAACGCAAAUAUGGGAAAAACGCAAAUAUGGGAAAAACGUAAAUAACGGAAAAGCGCAAAUAUGGGAAAAACGCAAGGACUGGAAAAACGCAAAUAUUGGAAAAACGCAAAUAUGGGAAAAACGCAAAUAUGGGAAAAACGCAAAUAUGGCGAAAACGCAAAUAUGGCAAAAACGCACAUAUGGCAAAAACUCUGAAUCGUCGAAGGUUAACGAAAUAUAUGAGAAACGCAAAUAUGGGAAAAACGCAAAUAUGGGAAAAACGCAAAUAGGGGAAAAACGCAAAUAUGGAAAAAACGCAAAUACGGGAAAAACGCAAAUAUGGGAAAAACGCAAAUAUGGGAAAAACGUAAAUAACGGAAAAGCGCAAAUAUGGGAAAAACGCAAGGACUGGAAAAACGCAAAUAUUGGAAAAACGCAAAUAUGGGAAAAACGCAAAUAUGGGAAAAACGCAAAUAUGGGAAAAACGCAAAAAAGGGAAAAACGCAAAUAUGGCAAAAAUGCAAAUAUGGCAAGAAUGCAAAUAUUGCAAGAAUGCAAAUAUGGCAAGAACGCAAACAUGGCAAGAACGCAAAUAUGGCAAGAUCGCAAAUAUGGCAAGAACGCAAAUAUGGCAAGAAGGCAAAUAUGGAAGAAACGCAAAUAUGGGAGAAACGCCAAUAUGGGAAACAUGCAAAAAUGGGAGAAGAUAAACUUGUGCAAAAACGCAAAUAUGGCAACAACGCAAAUAUGGCAAGAACGCAAAUGUGGCAAAAACGCAAAUAUGGGAAAAUCGAAUAUAUGGGAAAAACGUAAAUAUGGGAAAAUCGAAAAUAAGCGGAAAACACAAAAAUGGCAAAAACGUAAAAAUGGCAAAAACCCAAAAAUGGAUAAUCGCAAAAAUGGUAAAAACGCAAAAAUGACAGAAACGCAAAAAUGGCGAAACGCAAAAAUGGCAAAACGCAAAAAUGGCAAUAAACGCAAAUAUGGCAAAAACUCAAAAAUGGCAAAUACGCAAAAAUGGAAAAAAUACAAAAAUGGCAAAAACGAAAAAAGGCAAAAAAGCAAAAAUGGCAAAAACGCAAAAAUGGCAAAAACGCAAAAAUGGCAAAAACGCAAAAAUGUCAAAAACCAAAAAUGGCAAAACGCAAAAAUGGCAAAAAACGCAAAAAUGGCAAAAACGCAAAAAUGGCAAAAAUGGGAAAAAUGGCAAAUAUGGCAGUCGCAAAUAUGGCAAAGACGCAAAUAUGGCAAAGACACAAAUAUGGCAAAGAUGCAAAUAUGGCAAAAACGCAGAUAUGGCAAAAACGCAGACGUGGCAAAAACGCAAAUAUGGCAAAAACGCAAAUAUGGCAAAAACGCAGAUAUGGGAAAAACGCAAAUAUGGGAAAAACGCAAAUAUGGGAAAAACGCAAAAAUGGGAAAAAUGCAAAUGUGGGAUAAAUGCAAAUAUGGGAAAAACGCAAAUAUGGGAAUAAGGCAACUAUGGGAAAUACGCGAAUAUGGGAAAAACGCAAAUAUGGCAAGACCGCAAAUGUGGCAAGAACGCAAAUAUGGCAAGAACGAAAAUAUGGCAGAAACGCAAAUAUGGCAAAAACGGAAAUAUGGUAAAAACACAAAUAUGGCAAAAACGCAAAUAUGGGAAAAACGUAAAUAUGGGAAAAACGCAAAUAUGUGA